AAAAACGGGGAAGAGGUGCCGAUGAAGAAAGUCGAGGACAAAUUGAUCCCCAAGACCGAAGAUGAAUUUGAUGCGGAGGACAUCAAAAAGGUCGAGAAUUAUGCAAAGGCAAUAAACAUGCUUUAUUGUGCCGUAAAUCCUGAUGACUACCGCAAAAUCUCUUGCUGCUCAACCGCCAAGGAGAUGUGGGAUAAACUUGAGGUGACGUACGAAGGAACGGACCAAGUACGUGAAGCCAAGAUCGACUUUCUCACCCAAGAGUAUGAGAUGUUUAGAAUGAAAGAGCACAAAAACAUCGACGACAUGUUCGACCGAUUCUCCAAGAUAGUCAACGAUCUUCAUGCUUUGAAGAAGACCUACACCGACAGGGAUCUUAGAAAAGGCAUAGCAUUAAAAGCCUCCAAAGAACCGACAAUGAAGGGCUCAAGCGAUGAUGAUGAAGUAAAACUUGUCAUGAAGAAGUUUUGCAAACUUCUAAGAAAGAAAGAAAAGGUUGAGGAUGGCCCUGUGUGCUAUGGAUGUGGUGAAGCCGGGCACAUCAAGAACAAAUGCCCGAGAAACGGAAGGAACACUCGCAACUUCAAAAAGCAAAGAGCAUACAUCUCUUGGGGUGGCGACUCCGGCGACGAGUCAACCGACCAAGACGAGGAUGAAACUGCCAACCUCUGUCUCAUGGCACACGAAGACCAAACCGACAAUGAACAAGAGACUACAACAUCCAAACAAAGGGCCUUGAAACUAGUAUUAAGGCUAGGCAAAAGAAUUUAUUUUCCAAGAAGGAAAGGCGUAAGAAAUAGUUUUCAGGAUGUUCAUCUUGCUGAAAGGUUGCCAGUUACUGCCUCAAUUCAGAGGCAUCAAUGUUGGAUGAUGGCUGCUGGUCUAGUUACGAUUGUGCUAAAAAUAUUACUAGGUCUUGGACUACUUUUGUUGAUGACUAGGAUUUUUGGAGUUUUUUAUGUUGAGGCUUCAAAGUUGGAUAAUGGUGCUAGAUUUUUGCUCGUGGAUGUCUAGAACAUUGCUGAACAUAAUGAUGCUGAACACAAAACGCAGAGUGAAUUUUUCAUUGUGAACCAUGGUUUCUAUUUUGCUGGUUGUAGACUAUGACGGAGGCGAGAUUGUCGGAAUGGAUGUGAUGGUUUUGAAUUAAAGAACAUAAACAAAUUAUGUUUGUAAUUAUGAUUUGUUAAGCUUCCGCAAUAUUGAAAACUCCGCACUGUAUAUGUUACGAAAAAUAUUAUUGUGAUAAAUAAAAGUGUUUGAAAAGU